GCUUGUCGAUGCUGCUAAGAGCGACGGCGCCUCAACCAAUGGCCUGGUGGUGGACAUUGCCGGGCGGCAGCGCAUGCUCAUCCAAAGGCUUUGCAAAGAGGCUUUGCUGAUUGGUUUGGGAGUCAGUGUCUCCGACAACCUGGCCAGCCUCAAAAACACGCAGCUGCUUUUUUUUAAUUCCCACUAUGGCAUCAUCCAGGGUGCUGCCUGGGCUGGCGUGCCAGUGCUGAACAAGUUGUGCACAGUUCACCAAAUGAGGGAGGUUAGUUUCAACUUCGAGGAGUUUUUGCCUUUGAUUCUGGAGAUCUUGAACGCGGAAACUCUACCUUCAAGCCAGCAGACCGCGCUAGGCCUCGCUUGGAAUAUCUCAGACAAGAGUGGCCCCUUGUUCGCCUCCAUGGUGGCAGCAGUCACUCUGUACGUGAACGAUCAAGGAGAGUGUGAUCCUAGCCAAGACAUGACACCACAAGGCUGGCAGCGCUUGAUGCUGGAGGCUGGCAAUGGGUACUUGUACGGGCAGCAGGCCUUUGCUCAGUACAUGCAGAUCGGAACUAUGACCCAGACAUCUUCCAGCCAGACCGCGCUCACAGUGGUUACCAGCUCCAUCACUGAAGCGGUGAACGGCUUGGUGCAGGGCUACAAGGCAAGGAACUUACCAGCUCCCCCGUCGCAAACUGCGCUCGAUGGGCUGCUGAGGUGGAAAUCCACUUGGGAGGAGCUCGAGCCAAACCUGGAGCUGGCCGUUCGCCUAGGCGCCACCACUGUGGUGCAGGUUCGACUGGUGCUGCGCCUGCUGACCUCGUUCAAAAGCGAAGCCGAGUCAGUGAUCGAGCUGUUCCUCGCAAACGCGCUUGCAGCCCAAAUCGAUGUACCCAUUUAUCAAAUCAAACAGGCGACGUUUCAGAAUUCUCGGUUGGCGGAGUUGGUUGGACUGGCCAACUUGGUGGCUUUUGGCGAGAAGGUGACAGAAAACACGCUGCAGCUGAACACCACCAGAGAUGCUUUCCUUGCGACACACUGGCACCUCUUGGAGGGAGAACCUGCAACCAGCACCACUCCUGAGAUUCUAAAGAUCUCAAACUUGUGCUACAUCAAGCAGAUGCGGUUUGUCAAUCAGAACUUUGUCGCGGCGAUGUCUGCCGCGCAAACGGGGGCUUUGGUGGAGAUGAGGAAUGCUGUUGACGAGGCGUCCGUGGCCAUGAAUACGAUCAUCGAAUACUACACCGAGGGAACCAUCAAAUGCGUCAACUCGACCUUGGGUGUGCCGGACUACUUGGCCCUUUUCGACGAAGCAGGCAGAUUCAGCGGCCUCACUCAGCAGGCUUCGGCUGCUUACAUCUUGGCCACGAAAGGCACAGAGGACGGAUACCAACAGCGCUUUGAGGACAGCAUGCGGCAGCUCCUUGAGUCGCUGAGAAACCUAGGCUUUGGCGCUGCCAACCUGCCGUCUCCGCCAACCGACCAAAUCAUGCUGCAGGUCCAGAAUUCGAUUAAGCCAUCCUACGAUGCCUUCUUGGCGGCGAUUGACGCAGCUAUCGUUGCCAACGUCAUCUCGCAGG